CUUUCAAUUUUGGUAUUGCUUUUGAUUGAGAAUUGAAAUAUCGCAAUAUGUCGGACUAUUUGGAAAUAUUUUUAGAGUACGUGUAGAUGUAAAAACACGGAGACUAUGUAUUGUUAAAUUAUGUGUUAUGGAAUAUACUUGAUAAAUAUAAUUUCUUGAUCAAUACAAUUGAAGCGAAGAUAUGUGUUGUGGGCCAUUCGCCUUGCAUAUUUACUGUAAAAAUAUACGUGACUGGCACCUUGCGGUUUGGUGCUCGCACGCAAGCGAUCGUUGGACGAAAUAGCAUUUCACGUAUCGCCAGGGCUAUCCUGAGCGUGAUAUAUACACAAAUAUUUACUAUGUUAGAGGACAAGAUGGAUGAGAAAGUUCAGUGUCCAGUUUGUACUCUUUAUCUUCACAAUGGGAUGUCGUUAGAGACUCAUUUGGAUACGCAUCCUAAAGAUCAAGUUAUUAAAGCUUUAUGUUGUUUAUCUUCCAAAGGCAAUGCAAGUGGCAGUAGAACUCCCACACCAUCAAUUUCCGAACGUUCUUAUAGAAGUAGGACCCCGGUGACAGAUGAUAGUGUUAGAUGGUCUUCAUCACGCCGCAGUGCUGAAAGCACUUAUUGGAGAAGGACACCUAGCAGAAAUAAAUCAUUGUCAUCAUGUAACUCUAGAAAUGCCACUCCAGAAGCCAGACUGAAUGUUACCAACUUUGACAGCAAUGCUGUCAACAAUUGUUCUGAAUUUUCAAAUUGUUCAGUGAAGUCUUCUAAAACAUCCCAGUCAUAUCUGCCGAGUGUGCCAACAAUACAAUCAAACUAUAGUCAGCAAUAUCCAUUCUACAGUGAGCCUACAGAAGACCCGGAAAUAAAGUAUUCUCGCAGCUCUGAUUACAAUGUGGCUGAAAAUACAAAUCAGCUGUUUGUUUAUAAUGUUCCAGUACUAACAUCAAAUGUAAAAGUUUCAACUUCUCCUACAUUACCAACACCUUCAACAUCUAAAAAACAGAGUAAUUAUGUAAAAAUUCUUCCAAAACAAAACAUGGUUUUAAAAAAUGCUGCUAGGUUAGGAUACAUUGCUCCAGGGCUCAAGCCAUAUCCUGUUAUGAUGUCCACAUCUCCAACUUAUAUGCAAAAAAAUGUUCAAACUAAUAUGAUGGUUGCGGGAAGUGUACCUGUGUCUGGAAUAAUUGAUACUAAAACAGCUGUGGCUCCAUUAGCAAGUCAGUUCACUCAACUUAAUUCAGGCAACUUAACAACUGGGACAACUGUGGUAACUCAAAAUUCACAAAUUAUUUAUCGGGAGAUGGUGCAUAGUAUAGAUGGAAAACCUUAUAUUUCAAAUAUACCACAUGUUCUUAAUACACAUGAAAAUAUGGGGCAGAGUGGCUCAUUGUAUCAAAAUCUUAUGGUGGUUGACCCAUUCGGUAACACUUCAUGUAUGUAUAGUUCGCCUCAAUCUAUUUUACCCAAGACUUGUAACUCUCCAAUAUUCAGCAAUAAUUUAUCACAUAUACCAACAUCAAUUGACAAGUCAAUACCAAAUAUUGUAAAUGAUGUUAGUAAAACAUUGAUAAUGGAGGUUAGCCCAAUUCAGCAUCAAAUGUCAUCUAAAACUGAGGUGAUGGCGAUGCAACAAGUGGAGGAGACCAUGGGUGGUAACUGUGCUCAAGGACAGACAGAAAGUGAUACUGUACAUAGAUCAUUAGAACUAGAGUCUGAGUCUAAAAGUUCAACAUCUGUUUCCACAAAGGGACUAAAAAUUCUGAGCAAUAUUAAAGUGGAAGUUCCUGUACAGCACAGCAAGAACAUGAUUAAUACUAUUAUGGACCUUACCGGUCCAGGAGACUCUGGGUACAUUCAAUGUCCUCAAUCACCUGAGAAUAUUCUACCAGAUUUAAAGGAGAAACCUCAGAGUAGAUCAGAUAUUGACAAUCACUGUCACCCAUCUAAUGAGAGUAAUGAAAAAUAUACACCUCAUAACUUUUCAGUUAUAAAAAAUGUUGGCAAUCCACAGUCCUGUAAGGAUUUUCCUAAGUUAAAUAGUGCACAGGAGGACAAUGAAUCAUGCGAUAGCAAUCCAGUUCCUGACCUUAUAUGCAACGAAAAGCCUUCAAUAUCACCCUGCAGUGACUUAUCAGAAAACUCCAUGGACCAGUGUUCACCACUCUCAAAGCAUGACCAUGCUCCAGAAACCAAAAAAGAAAUAAUUUCUGGCAAUGAUCAGAAAUUAAAAACUGAGAUGGUAACAAUUAAGGCACAUGUGGAAAGAGAUGAUUCAAAUACUUCUAAAUCUACAGCAACAUUUCCAGUUGUCCAAGCCUUGACAAACAUUGUUGUUGAAAAUGAUGAUUUUCAUUCUAAACAAAAGAGCCAUCCCCUUAGACUAAACAAUAUAUUUGUCAAAAAACAUAAAAAGCUAACUAUAAAAAAUUUUAAGCCAUCAAAAUUUGAUUCAGACCCACGACCUUCGUCAUCCACAAGUAAAUCUGAACAAUACUUCAAUCUGAAUAUUGAGAAGGUAGAAAAUCACGAGGAUGGAAUUCAGCCUGAAACUUCUGUUCAAAAAAUUGAAGUCUUAGAAAAUGAGAAAGAAUUCGAUGCCGACACAGAAGAGCAAUCAAUGGAUAUUGAGCCGACUGCGCCUUCAAUGAUAAGUCACUCCAAUGGCUAUUCAACCUCCAUUGACUUGGUAAUCAAGGAGGAAGUGAAUUCCAACAAUGAGUUCAGCAACGAAGCCGAUAAGUCCGGACGUGACGUGGCCAACCUCGAGUCUUUGCGUCCGAUCAAUGUGAUCACUUAUGGCAAUAUGGGUGCCGCAGAUUUUGACGACGAUUCCAACCAUAGAGAGCUGCUGGACUUAGAGACGGCUUCUAAAAACAAGCAAUUUGUCAACAUGAUGAACGAUAACUAUUUCGGUGAUAAUAUUUACGCUGAUUAUUUCACACCUGAUCGCGUCGAGAGUUUCGAUUCAGAGAAAGGAUCGAAUGUGGGUAAGGAUAGGGAAGUGUAUAAUAUUUGGGGAGAACCAUCGCAAAAGGAGAACGAGUUUGUCUUACCAAAUUUUAUUCACGAAAGCUACAAAAUUGCCGAGAGCAAUAUGGAUUAUGAUAUUGGAGAAAAUCAAAAUAUAAAUCACAUGGGACACGGAGAACGGGAUAGUAAGGCUGAUGUUUUACAAGAGACUAGGGAAGAGGACCCGCCGCUGAAUAUUUGUGCAGACGAGCGGAUGCCCCCCCGAGGGGAACUCAGCGGACAAGAGAGUAAUGGCGAUAUGGAGUCAUCAUGGAGCGGGAUGUACCCGGAGGUGACGGCCGCGGAGCCUUACGACCUGAUGGCUCGCGAGAGUUGGGUCUCCGACGGUUCGGACGUCGACGACAACCACAAGACGGAAAAUUUAGAGGAACCGUUGACGAAAGGGCGCCUCCACACGUGCGCCCAGUGCGGCCUCAAGUUCCCGACGCUGAAGGAAUUGCGAUCCCAUUGCAACGCCUCCUACUCCCACAGCCGCAUCGCCCGCUGCAUCAAGAGAGAGGAAAAACCGGACGUGCCUUCGUUAGCUGAAACCCUCAUAUUCGAAACCAAAGACGCGGUGGCAACCUCCAUCCUGCCCGAAUUCGAUCCGCUGGCCGAGACCAAGCCGGAGCUGAUCCUGAUAAAGCAGAAGAAGAAGCGGAACAACUUCGUGUGCUUCACGUGCAACGUGGACCAGGGCGGCCCCGAGGCCUUCAACGAGCACCUCAAGGUUCACCCGCUGGAGUGCUACACGUGCGGCAAGUUCUUCUACCGGCGAGCCAACCUGGUGCUGCACACGAAGACGCACCUCGGCAUCAAAAAUUACAAGUGCGAGGUGUGCGGCAAGCGCUUCGUGACGCGGCAGAAGCUGGGCGAGCACCGCAACACGCACACCGGGCAGGCGCCCGUCAAGUGCACGCUGUGCGACCAGACCUUCCGCCGCUACUCCAACAUGGUGCAGCACAGGGACCGACACCACCUGAAGAAGAAGGCCAAGGUGCGCGACUUCGUGUGCCGCUGCGGCGCCGUGUUCCACUCGCGGGCCAAGCUGCUGUGGCAUCAGGAGACGCACGAGGAGCGGCCCAAGGCCUGCCCGUACUGCGGAGACAAGUUCGUGCACGCGGCGUCGCUCACGCGCCACGUGCGGCGCUCGCACAACCACCUGUACGUGGCGAGGCGCUCGGGCCGCGACGAGAACGUGCCGUGCCCCGUGUGCAAGCAGGUCUACCUGCGCUCCAACCUGCGCGCCCACCUGCACACGCACAGCGGCAAGCGGCCCUUCGUGUGCGUCAUGUGCGACAAGGCCUUCACCACCAAGUGGAACCUGAAGCUCCACCGCUGGACGCACGCCAGCCGCUCGGCCAAGCCCUACAAGUGCACCCUGUGCAAGGGCGCCUUCUUCCGCCAGAGCGAGUACGCGGCGCACGUGAACGCGCAUCGCUCGGUGCGGCCGUACACGUGCAAGCACUGCGGCCGCCAGUUCAUCCGCAAGUACAACUGCCAGCGGCACGUGCGCGAGCACGAGACGGCCAAGCGCUACGCCUGCGAGGUGCCCGACUGCGGCAAGACCUUCCACCGCAGCUACUACCUCACGGAGCACAUGCGCGUGCACAGCGGCGCCCGCCCCUUCGCCUGCAACGUCUGCGGCAAGACCUCCACCAACAAGUCCAACCACAACAAGCACGUCAAGAUCCACCACGCGCGAGAGCCCAUCGCCACCGAGGCCUAGCUGGACCGACUCCUCCCUCUCUGCGAAACUGUGAUUUGUUACUGGACGUUCUACUUAGAUCGAUUGUAAUUUAUUUCAAUUAGAUUAUAUAGUUUACUUUAACUUAGACUAAUUUCACCGCAACGUUCCCCCACUCUCUCGCCGGUCGUAUCGAAUUCGGCGGAAUCACCGCGAUCGGAAAGUCGAAUCGGAAAGUCGCAUCGGACGCGUGUCGAGCCCCUCUGAGAACCCUCGACGCGAACUUUUCCGACGAAUCACACCAGCUGUGUUCAUGAGCGUGUCGUAUUAUAUUUUAUGCACACAAUACGUGUUAAACAAUGAUCUCGUAUUCGAAACAAGGAUGUUUCACGUUUUGAUUUUAGCGAAUCGGACGCGUCGAUACUCGGCGCGGAGGGCGUCGAGCGACUCGCGCUCCCCUAAUAGAAAAAAAUGGUUAUUUAUUAUAAGUUAAUUUGUACAUAGUUAGGUAACGUUAGGCUAUAUUUUUUAACGUGGGUCGUACACCAAAUUGCAGUUCGGCGGGGUCACUGGACUGUUAGUGUCAGCAAUAAAUUAUUUCAAUAAGACAUUUUAAA